AUGUCUUUAGAAAUUAAUGGCUGUGGCACUGCAGAGAAUAAAUUGAACAAUUAUUUUAUCAAGAGUGCAACUGAUAUAGUAAGCACCAUACCUUCAAGUAAUGAGGAAGCUAUAAUGGCAGCAGUGCCUUUGGAAGAGGAAUUUUUGAGUGCUACCUCACCAACUCGCCAUAUAAGGAACUCUUUAUGCAGGCUGGUACAUGGGCGUAGGGAAGAUACGCAAGAAAGGUCGAAGAUCGCAUCUAACGUUGAACCACCAGUCGCACACAAGUACCAGCUGGCUGAACUGGGUACCAUUGGGGCACAAGAACGUCGUCUGUCUUCCGUCUAUGUCACAAUAAUGCCAACUUUGGCAACGCGUUUCUGUAUCGGCGAAGAAUCCUGGAUAAGGCUGCUCGUCACAGUAGAAGUUGGUAUACGGCACUGUGCCUAG